AUGGGACUUCCAAUGGAUCCCAAUCUGGCAGAUAUACAUGUGCCGAGUGGUCCAACGUCUGUCAAUCACGCGCAGUCCUACGAAGGUCUGACGCUGCAACAACUCAUCACUAGAAAAGACAAUCUGGAAGCAGAGCUCAAGGCAUUGGGUGCGGUGCUGGAUAGCCAUGGAGUCACAAUGCAGACCACUCUCACUACUUUUGAUGGCUUUCCUCGAUCUGAUAUCGACGUGGCCCAAGUCCGGGUAACGCGAGCGAGGAUCAUUACUCUGCGCAAUGACUGGAAAGAUCUGAUGGACAGAAUCGAGAAGGGUCUUCAUGAACACCAUGCUAAAUAUCAGGCUUCAGAUGAAUACAAGCAGUCCCUCUUACAACCACCACCCGAACCUUCUCCCGCAUCCGCAUCCGCAUCCGCACCUCAACGCGAACCCGCUGUUCCUGAAACUCCCUUCGCCAAAGUCAACAACGUGGAGCCUGGCAGUCCGGCUCACGAAGCUGGUUUAAAAGCAGGCGAUGUGAUUCGAAGAUUCGGCGAUGUGAUUUGGUCUAAUCACGAGAGAUUGCGCAAGGUCGGCGAGACUGUUGGCCAAAAUCUGGGUCGUACGAUAAAAGUUAUGGUUUCUCGUGGAAGUGGAGCGGAUGCUCAAGAGCUGGAAGUGAACCUGACUCCCAGACAAAACUGGGGUGGCAGAGGCACUUUGGGCUGUCAUAUUGUGCCGAUCUGA